AUGGGGCGGUGGGGCGCGGAGGGGCCGGGGCAGAUGUGGGGCACCGGAAAUGCCGCCGGGGCGCCGCCCGCGUGCCCCGGAUUCGGGUGGCCUGAGCUGGCCCCGGCCGCGGGCAGUGACACCGCAGGUGACACCGCAGCUGCCACCGGCCCGUCCUGUCCCACCGGCCGGGCCGGUGCCAGAGCCUGCCGUGACCCCGCAGGGCCGCCCGGGACGGACCCCUGCAAGGUCCCAGGGAGGGACCCCAACACUCCCCCAGCCCUCCCCCGGGCCACGCUGUGCUGCCCAGCCCGAGCGCGGGGGACACGGCUCUCCCUACGGAUCCCCGUGUCCACAGCCCCCCACACCCUUCACCCCACCGAGACCCCUCCCCACGGACUCGUGUGCCCGCAGCCCCCACUCAGCACGGACACACCGCCCCCGGAGCCGGGAGCAGCUCGGGACGGUGCCGAGCCCCGGCGGCCUCUCAGCGCCUUGCGGACCUCCCCGGGGAAGGAUUGGAGCCCGCGGGCAGGGCAGGACCCCGGACCUUGGGGCAGGAGGACGCCCCCCCACAGGGGAGGACGGGACCCAAAACUCUUGGAAGGGACCCCAAACCCCUGGAUGGGACCAUCGCCCCCCGGGGAAGGACGGGACCCCCACGCCUGGAGCGGGACGGGACCCCCCGUUCACCCUCCCGAUGCCCCCUUACCGCCGCCCGCAGCGCCGCGCGUCACCAGCGUCCCCCGCGGUGGCCGCAGCCGCUGUCCGGCCGGGCCGGUGGCCGCGGGUGACACCGUCCGGCCCCACGUGUCCGGGGCUGACUCACGCGCGGGGCUGAUGCAGCGGCAGGGACGCGACCCCACUUGUGCAACACCCCUGGGGACAGCGGCCGCGGCCCCCGGGAUCGGGUGA